AUGGGUCAGACAUCCUCAGCAUGGAGGGUGGCACCGGCAAGGUGCUCACCGGUAAUGUCGGGGACGGCUGCUUGGUUGGGAGGUCCAGGGGACCAAGGCGAGGGCGCAGCACCUGGCUUGCUGGGCAGCAACGGCUGGGUCAAAGAUGGGGCGUGGCGAGAAGAGAUCGAUGAGAUGGAGGCAAACCCAUCCACUGACUUCGGCUGGGAUUUGCUUUCAGAUGGAGAGCAGGUCCUGAAGUUGGAGGAGCAGUACGGGCUUGGAGGAGGAAAGCUGUCAUCAGAUUUGAUCAGUUGGAGGGUGCAGCAAGGAAAUGGCGGCAAAGAUCAGAAAGGUGUCCGUGCCACGCACGCGAGGAAGAUUUUGAAGGAAGACGAAGGUGCGCUUCCACCCGGCCCCAGUGGGCGUGGCCGCUCGACGGUUGGACCGCCGGUGGCGACAAAGUCGGGGUUCUUGAGUUGCAGGGUGGCCAAUGAUGAGUGGCAGACGACCCGGGAGGCUUGGCAGGCCAUCGCACCGCUGCGGCCCGAGACACGGGGCGGUCGCCGUCAGGCCGGUCGGUCAGAGAGGUAUUUCGAGGCCUACAAGAAGAAGACCGUUUGGAUGCCCUUCUACUACGACGGCGCCUGUGCGGACCAUCUUCGUUCGUUGGGCUUUGUGAAUGUGAUCCACCGGCAAGAGGACUUCUUCGAUCGCAUCGUGGACCCCCAGCACGGCUCAGGAAUAGACCUCAUUUGGGACAACCCGCCCUACACAGCGCCAGAGAUGAAGGAGCGGGUGCUACGGGCGCUGGCGCAGUGCGGGAAGCCUUUUGUGAUGCUAUUGCCCAUUUCUGUGCUCCACGUAGGCUUUGUGCGGGACAUCAUCGACAUGAAACGGGUCCAGGCUUUGAUCCCUCGACGGGUGCACGUCCGGAAGAGUGGCGAGGAGAUUCUGCCCUUCAAGUAUUUGUGCUGGUUCUGCUUCGGCACCAAGCUCCCUCGCGACCUGAUCUUUGUCAACGAUGCCAAGCCAGAACACGAGGAGCCACCGUUGACCACCGCCGCGCCAAAGAAGCGCCGGAAGCUGCGCCGGAAGAAGGGGAGCGCGGCCCUCCAACGGUUGCCCGAUGUUUGCGACGAGAGCCACAAGAGCCCUGAGAUUGUGGGCGCCUUGGCGGCUCUGGCCGAGUGUGCGUCCAGGCUUCAAUGCGAGCCGUUGAAGACACAAGUGUGUCAAGCGACCCGGCGCUUGCUGUUGCAAGUGGAAGGCGAAUGUAAAAACGUGGUGCAGGCGCUGGUGGAUGCCCUGCUUCGGCCCAGCUGCGACGCGGUGGCCUACGACCAGUUGUGGUCGCUGCGGCACAUUGGCAAACAGAGCGAGGUGGCCCGUGCCUGGAUUGCUGAGAAGGGAGGCCUCUGCGCUGUUGCUGAGGCGAUGGCCCGGCACCCGGAGCAUGCGAAGCUACAAGAGGAGGGUGCAUGGAUCGGUUAUGUCUUGAAAGGCACUGGCGGCUUUGUGGAGCUUCUGAAGCUCACCCAGGCCAUGCCGGGCAACUUGCCUGGCACAAUGGCUGUCCAGCAGGCCACCUUCCGGGCCAUCCGAGAGCUCUCCGAGCAACAACGUGAGCGCGGCAAGGAGGGAUCGGCAGCCUGGUCGGAGGCGGAUUUGCUGGUGCUGGGCAUCUUGACCUCUAUGCGCUCGCAUUCGCAGCCCACGAGCCAGUUCCUUUGCGAGUGCUUCAAAGUUCUGAAUGAGCUGAUCCAUGACCAAGCACAGCGCGGCAUGCUCUUCAUGCAGCACGGUGGAGGGAAGGUACUCUUGGAGGCCUUGUCCUUGCCGCUCGAGCCCUUUGCAUGUCUGGCGGGCAUUUGGUUCAUGGCUGUGCUGGUGCAAGGGAACUCCACGGCGGCGACGGAAGCACUGGACUGCCUGGUAAAAUGCGGCCAGUCAUUGCCAAAUCACCAACGGGACACCAUGCGGACCCUGGGGCAGGUGGGUGGACCCUUGACGGUGGUGCGCUUGAUGAAGAGUUGUCCAAACAAUGAGGGCCUCUCUGUCAGCCUUCGGACUUUGUCGAAGCUCACAUGGGAGUUGCCCUUGGAGGAUUUUCAGCAACAACUGCCGGAGGUGCUCAAGGAAUUGCUCGAGAUCCUUCGUUUGGUGGAUGAGCAGCUGCCGAAGGAGUUGGGCUAUGCACUUCAGGCCUUGGGCGGCGUGGCGAAGUUCUACUCCUCACAGGUGCCGCCAGGUGCCUUGAGAGAGAUGGAUGAAGCGGUGAAUGUGGAGCUGAAAGCACUGCAGAGCCCCAAUCCUGAAGUCGCCAAGGCGGCCUGCACCUGCCUGGGCCAUGUGGCCUCUGAGUUCUGGUGUGGGCCCCUGCAGCAGGCGCUGCCGAGCCUGCAGCAGGGCUGGCUUCGCGCCAACGAUUCCAAGGUGAGUUGUGGCGAUUUAAGAGACUUGAUGUGGGCUGCGGGCAACAUCGCGGGUCUCCCAAUCUUGGUGGAUGCCAUGAGGCAGCGGCCCCAAUCAGCAGAUUUGCAGUUCGCGAGCUUGUCCGCCAUGGCGGACCUUUGCGACGAAGCGGUGGGUCCGACCCCAGGUGCUGAAGCUGCAGUGCUCGUGGUCACCAGUGCCAUGCAGCUGCAUCGCGCCGUCGCGAAUGUUCAAGUGAAAGGCUGUGAAGUAUUGGGCUACCUGUGUCAACAGGGCCCGGCGCCGCCCGAAGCCUGGGAGGCCGUCGUUGCCGCGUUGAGGCGCUUCCCGUGCAGAUACCCAGUGGUGUCGAACGUCAUGGCCGCCCUGCGGCGGUGGUUGGAACCCGUGAGCCAAAACCAGGAGGCCUUCGAGGCGGUCGCGAGCAAGGUGGAGACCCUGAGGAAGGACAACUUCGUCACGGAUCUGCAGCGGGUUCUCAAGGACUUCGUGCGUGCCGAGAUGGAGAUCAUUGAGAACAGCCUCUUCGUCUACAGCCUCCUGGCGGGAAUCCCGGCAUUGCUCAAAGAGGCCACAGACGGCGGCCUGGUCAUGAAGUCGGCCACGGUGCAGGUGCUUUGCGACCUCUGUCGAAGCUUCCAGCACUUGGUUGCCAAAGAGUCUGAACUGAUUCGCCGGUGUGUGCCAGGUCUUCUUCAAUCAGAGUUGACAGCAGGGCGUGAGGGGGAGCUCAGCCAAGAGGUCGUGGAGCUCCAGCGGCGCUGUGAGAUGCUGAAUGGCUUGCUCGCUUAG